UUCUUCAAAAUUAAGCUUUUUUUCACAGCCUUUCGUCCCAAGCAUGAGAAAGAACACGUUCUGUUAUUGUUGUUCAUAGCACGACAUGCAUGCGGGAAUGAACAUAACACUCACAAAACCAUUAAUCCUAAGAUACUUUCUCCUCUCUCUCAUCCUCUCCCUCCCCUUCUUCCUCUUCCUCUUCCUCCCCCUCCUCUCUCCGCCGCACCAACACCACCGUCACGCCACCAUCACCACCAUCACAACCACCACCUACAAUAACAACCUCAGAAUCCGACCCGGUUACUCUUCCUACGACGCCUACAUCCAGCGCCAGCUCAACAAAACCCUCAACCCGCGCCUCCGGAAAAUAUGGAACACGCGCGACUGGAACCGCAAGAUCCCGGUUUUUGCGCGCUUCUUCGAGGACCUUAAGGGAAAGAAGCUUCUCCACAAGGGGUCCAAGGCGCUUUGCGUAGGCGCGCGCGUGGGGCAAGAAGUCGAGGCACUAAGGCGCGUGGGCGUUUCGGACUCCGUGGGAAUGGACCUCGUUCCGUACCCUCCCCUGGUGGUUCAGGGGGACUUUCACGACCAACCGUUUCGAAACGGCACGUUCGACUUCGAAUUCUCGAACGUCUUCGACCACGCGCUCUACCCGGAACGCUUCGUGGCCGAGAUCGAACGCACGUUGAAGCCCAACGGCGUGUGCGUGUUGCACGUGGUGCUGUCGCGACGCGCUGAUAAGUACUCCGCUACCGACCUCUACAGCGUGGAGCCCCUCGCGGCGCUGUUCAAACGCUCCGUUUUGGUUCACGUUCGUGGCGUUAAUGGUUUUGGUUUGGACACAGAGGUUGCCUUUCGUAAGAACACUCCACCUUAACGCUUUUUCUCUCUUUCAUUUCUCUUUU